CCACUCUCUAAGGCACACAAAAAAAAGCUGCCAAAAAACUUAUAACUGCACAAAGACUCUCUCUCCGGCCAUGGAGGGGGGUGAAAAUGGCUGCAAACAUUUUGCUAAUAAAAAACAACGAUGAGGUUACAUCGGGCGCUCAUACAUUUGCGGAAAUUUAACGAAAAUUGUGCUGAAGCUACGAAAGGGGAUUUUUGUUUGCGUUUGCGGAGGGAUGAUGGAAAAAGUCGGUUCGGAUGUUGACGGAAGUGGUGCCGGAGACCUGAACCCUGGCCCCAAAGCUUCUCCCAAACGGCCGGGGGAUUGCGACUGUGAGGAUGCGGAUAACACGACCCAAACAGCCGCGGUGGCGGUGGUGGCGGCGGUGGCGGUGGUGGCGGCGGCCUGUGAGCAGCAGCUCAGCCAAAGGCGAGAGGGACCGAGUGCGCCACAGCCACAGCCACAGCCACAGCCACAGAGACCUGCGUCAAGUGAUGGGGUUCCCAUGGAAACGCGACACAACUCCCCCGACCCCUCGUCGGAAGUACCAGUCAUCAACCUGCACACGCAGAGAGCGGCUCUGCCUAUAAAUCAGACUGAUGGCAAAGACGCUUUCACUCAGUCAGUCCCCACCACCGAGCUGUCCAGACCUCCGCUGCCCCUCGCCCUGCACACUCAGCUGAGCGACAAUCGGAUGGUCCAGUUAACCGCAGCCCACCUCCCUCUCCCCGCCGCCAGAGCGAUGCUGUACAACAGCACUGCCCAGUACCAGACACUCUUGAACAGUGAUCCAGAACCCUUCAACAUGUUCCCCAACAUCAGGGUGAAGCGAAGGCCGACUCCCUACGAAAUGGAAAUCUCUAGUGGUCCGGUGUCGCAGCCCAAAGUGGUGAGAAGGAUCUUCACCAACAGCCGAGAGCGGUGGCGGCAGCAGAACGUGAACGGCGCCUUUGCGGAACUGCGCAAACUGAUCCCGACCCAUCCCCCCGACAAGAAGCUCAGCAAGAACGAGAUCCUGCGCCUGGCCAUGAAGUACAUCAACUUCCUCGCCAAACUGCUGAGCGACCAGGAGGAGCAGGACGGUGACCAGGGCGCCAGGGCUCCGCAGGGCCAGGGGGCGGGGGGGGCCGGCACCAGACUGGCCAGGGAGGACCUGCACACCGGGUCCCCGGACUCCAGCUGCGGCAGCUGUUUCGAUGGGACGGGAAGUCCUGGGAGUUUAAGCGAAGAGCAGGAACAGCUGGAGUCACGACACGACCACCAGCAUCACCGCCAUCAGCACCCCAUCCUUCCUCCAGAUGUGAAUGUGAAUGGCCAGCGGUGAUAGGACCACAG